AUGACUUCCAGGUCUCCGACUGUGGCCACUCCGCUGCCAAAAUCUUCUACCGCGCCCGAAAGCCCUUCGAAAGACGCGUCCACAACCCCACAAACCGUGCCCUUCCCUUCACCAGAGACCUUUGAGAUAAUUCCACCGUUACAUGGGAUCCUUUUGCGCCUGCUCACUGAAAAGGGGCCCUCGAAUGGGGCUGGCGGCGCGUCUGAGGGUGCCGCAGGAGCUAUUGAGCCCACGGAUACUCCCACCCAUAGUCAACCCGGGAGCUCCAACCUACCUGGAGGUGGGAAUCAAGAACCCACGGCUUCACAAGCCGUCUCAGACAUACCUGCCCUUGGCUCAAAUGCGAAUCAGCCGUUGAAUGUCAAGGAUCUUCCCAUAGUGACCAGCUCAGUCAAGAUCCGUAUUCAAAAGGCACGAGCGGUGGUGGAAGGUCUGCCGGAUGUCCAUCGAUCAGUGGAAGACCAGCAAAAAGAGAUUGCAGAGCUUGAGGACCGUGUGGGCCGCCUGCGGUCUGUCAUUGCAGAUUUUGGCGAGCGAGCUGGCCAAGCAUGA